UCCCGCGCCUUACGGUCGUGUCGUCGCGUACUUCUAUCCGAUAUAGUAUCGUACCGAGCGAACAGUGUUCACGAAUUGCCGCUUAUACUGUGAAGUGUUUGUGCAGUGGAUAACGACAUGUGUAUGACGUGUGCCAAUCGCUUAACAGACGUGCAUUCAUCUCCGAUUAAUAAAUAUUUCCUAUAAAGUAACAUCUCGUACUAAGUUCGCCGCGAUUAGCUCGUAUGUGAAAGCGUAAAUAAUACAGUUUCAUUGGUUAACCAAGCACUAUAAAAUUGUUUAUAGAAGAGAAUAGAGCAGUUUCAAAACGCUGCAAUAACAUUCUGUAUGUUAUGAAUAAAUCAGUGCUACACGACUCAUGGACUUUACACUUUGAGUUGUGAGGCAUGCGUCGUCUAGACACGAGUGGCCGGGCGCCCCUAUCCGCCCCGCUCACGUGAUUGCCCCCCACUAGUGGCAGCAUGGCGGUGCACGUGGCCUUCUUCCUCAUAGUGUGUCUCGUCCACUGUGACACUAAGACAGUUCUACAGGAUAAACUUGCGGGCGUUCGCACAGUGGACGUGCAAGCCGUGGAGGGCAUGGUGGCGCAGUUCCCGUGCGACCUGGGCACCGCGGCCAAUGACAAGGUCUAUAUGGUGUUCUGGUUCAGGGAUGACGCCGGCAUACCACUUUACAGCUUCGACGUCCGCGGCAAGCACCUCUCCGAGGCACGGCACUGGUCAGCGCCGGAGGUGUUCGGUCCCCGCGCACACUUCGCCACCUCGCCGCCGCCCGCGGCCCUCCUGGUGCGUGACGUCAAGCGGCGCGACGAAGGCGUCUACCGCUGCCGGGUCGACUUCAGGAACACCCAGACGACCAGCUUCAGAUAUAACCUCACUGUUGUUGUACCUCCUGAGAAGCCAGUAGUGGUGGACCGGUAUGGACGCGUCAUCAACACCACGACCCUGGGCCCACACGAAGAAGGGGAAGACGUGCUGCUCACAUGCCGGGUACUUGGAGGUCGCCCAGAGCCGUCAGUUCGCUGGCUGGUUAACGGGGUGCUGGUGGACGAGGAAUACGAGCACAACACCGGCGAUGUGAUUGAAAACCGGUUACUCUGGCCGGCGAUACGACGCGCCGACUACGCGGCCGUUUUUACAUGCCAAGCGACUAACUCCCGCCUCGUGCCGCCGAGGGAACUAUCGCUUGUACUGGAUAUGUUCUUGAGGCCUCUCACAGUAGAGAUCAAAAAACCGUCUGAGAUGGGCGAGGGCGGCGUGCUAACAGCUGAGCGGCGGUACGAGGUAGCGUGCCAGUCGGCUGGCAGCCGUCCGCCAGCCGUCAUUACGUGGCACAAGGGAAAGAGGCAACUGAAAAGAAUAACGGAGGAGCUCCGCGACAACCUGACGGUGAGCGUGAUGAGCUUCGUGCCCACCCUGGACGACGACGGGAAGCCGAUCACCUGCCGCGCGGAGAACCCCAACGUCACCACCCUCUUCAUGGAGACCUCGUGGACUAUUAGCGUAGUGUAUCCACCGGUGGUGAAGCUGCGGUUAGGCAGUUCACUAGCGGCAGGAGACAUCAAGGAGGGAGACGACGUUUACUUCGAGUGCCACGUGCGUGCCAACCCACCCGCUAGGAAACUCUCCUGGCUUCAUGACGACCGGCCGUUGGCGCACAACGUGACGUCACGGGUGCUGCACAGCAACCAGAGCCUCGUGCUGCAGAAGGUGACGCGUCACAGCAGCGGACGGUACGCCUGCUCCGCGCUCAACGCCGAGGGCGAGACUGUCUCCAACGAGCUGCACUUCAGGGUCAAAUACUCGCCGUCGUGCCGCAGCGGUGGCGUGGCGGUGGUGGGCGCGGCCCGCGGCGAGUCGGUGGUGAUCGUGUGCGAGGUGGACGCGGAUCCACCCGCCGCCGUCUUCAAGUGGAAGUUCAACAACUCUGGCGAGACCAUCGAUGUCGCCGCUGAUCGAUACACCUCCAAUGGCAGCGCCUCCAGCCUCAAGUACACGCCCGUGGCAGACCUAGACUACGGCACCCUGUCAUGCUCUGCUUCCAACGAAGUUGGUACACAACUCACGCCUUGCGUCUUCCAAAUGGUAGCUGCCGGUAAACCCCAUGCGCCUAGAAACUGCACCCUGUGGAACCAAACAGCAGAGUCUGUGGAGGUGACGUGCGUGGCGGGCUUCGACGGCGGCCUGCCGCAGAAGUUUCUACUCGAAGUGUACACCGCCGAUGGCACAUCACCCAGAGUGAACUUGACGUCGGAGGAGCCGUCGUGGACGGUGCGCGGGCUGGAGUGGGAGGUGCGGUUCCGGCUGGUGGCGGUGGCCGUCAACAGCAAGGGCCGCUCGCUGCCCGCGCGCCUCGACGACCUGCUCUUCAGGGACCCGGAGAAGCGCACCGGUCAGUAA